UUCAGUUUGUGUGGCAGCCAACAAUCAACCACACUGAUGAGGAUCGUCUGAUUGAUUUGAAAUUAAGUUCCAGAGUUCACAUUUGACAAGCGGAAAGAAUGUCGGAAAGGGCCGAUGAUGACGUCAGGGGAGAGCAGCGCAGAGCGGCCAGGCAGCAGCUGAAGCAGCAACAGCAGCAGCAGAUCCAGCGGGGAGAAGGCUCCACAGCAAUGGCGACUGUUGCGGAGCGGAGAUCCCUGCCUAGUCCAGAAAUAAUGUUGGGACAGCCUUGGAGCAACUGGGUCGAUGCUGUCAAACUCCACGGGAACGACGGUGCCGAAUUGGAGGAAAGUUUCAAAGACUUGGGGAAAAAUCGAGAAGCCAUGCGUUUGUGCAGAGAAGAUAUGCCCAUAUUUGGCCAGUGUCCAGCCCAGGAUGACUUCUACCUGGUGAUGUGCAGCCACUGCAGUCAGGUAGUCAAGCCCCAGGCCUUCCAAGCACACUAUGAGAGACGACACAGUUCGGCCAGCAAGCCAAACUCCACCUCGCCCUUCCCUCUGUCAGGCCGAAACCGAAGCAGUGGCAGUGGACUUGGUGCUGGGCCUGGAAUGAGCUCUGGGUCUGGAGUUGGGACUGGAGCUAUCCUUGGUCGACCUUCAACGACAGGCUCCAGCAUUUCCUCUCCUUCCUCUACCAACCCCAAACUCCUCAAAUCAGCCAAAGAGAAGCUGCCAGGCAUUCAACGAAGGCAACACUUCCCUCCUUUCAGGGUGUUGCAGCAAGAAAAAAUCCUCACUCCAGCUGUCAAGGUGGAGAAGAUGCACCUGAAGGUGGAUCCGUCAGCCAAGCUAGCACAGGCCCCCUCUGCCCCUGUCUCCUCCUCAUCUACUUUAUCUUGUAGCACCACUGUGAGCUCCAACUCUGCGACCCUCACUACCACCUCCUCCUCCUCCUCAUCAGCCCUCAAGCAAGGCCUUAACUGUCCCUCCAUACCAAAGCCUCCCUUACUGGCCCCUGGUCAGAUCCCCAAUGGCAAGGGCCACCUCUCAGUCCUGUCUGACAAGAAGCAGGACAGCAGCAACGCCAGUAGCAGGCGUCACCUCUACAAGAGAUUGUCAGAACGUGAAUUCAAUCCAGAUAUCCACUGCGGUGUUGUGGAUAUGACCGCUCGAAAACCUUGCACAAGAUCGCUAACAUGCAAGACACAUUCCUUAAGCCAGCGGAGGGCGGUGCCAGGGCGCAGGAAGCGUUUUGACACAUUGCUGGCUGAGCACAAGAGCAGAACUAGGGAGAGGGAGCUCAACCAACCCCACUCCCAGCAAACCCCCCCCCUCAGGGACCCCCACCCCUCCUCCCGCCUUGCAGCUGCCCAUGAUCCCCACCAGGUGGCCCAUGGCAAUGGGCCCGCUGUAGAUGCCAGUAAGCCUUCAUUACUUGGCAAGCCCAAACCUCACAACUCUGGUCUUCCACGGCUAAAUAGCAGUCACGGAGGUGGGGGUACCCCCGGAGACCUUGCAGUAGUCCAUGAAUCGCCACACCAUCCCCCAGCUACUGUGGACGGCUUUUCACGACCCUCAAGUGAUGAGGGCGAGAAUGAAGAGCGGGAGGAGAACACUGACAAACUGGACUGUCACUAUUCAGGUUAUCACCCUCGACCGGCAGCUUACUGUACCUUUGGAGGUCGACUGUUUGGGAGAGGCUGCUACUCAUUUGACCGGCGUUGGGACCGGGUUCGAUGUGUGCUGACUGCCAUGAUGGACAAGCAUGUUAAUUCUCAGAUGUGGAAGAAAAUCCCUUUGGCCUUGGAGAACUCCUCGUCUUCUUCCUCCUCUGUUGCACCUGCCCACAGGACAAGCACAAACUCCCAUAGUAGCACUCCUACUUCGGGCUUCCUCGGUCCCCAUGUCACCAUGCCCCAGCCUCCUUAUAGCCAAUCUUAUGAGGGCAAGUCAGCGCUCUCCUAUGGGACCACCUUAAAUGCCCGUGGCUCCCCACAGGGUGGGGCCGAGCACCCGGCCUACAGCACCGCACAGGCCCGACAAGUGUCUUUGUCGCCGCAGAUGCCUUCAGCCCACUCCUCUUCCUCCUCUGCUCCCUCCCUAGCCCCGGGCCGUGCGCUCAAGUCCCGUUCCUCCUCCUCCAGCAGCAGCAGCAGCACUACCAAGUCAUCGUCUUUCAGGGCCAAGGAGAGCUCCUCUGGCUCCUCCAUACCUGUCACCACCAACUCCACCAGUGGGGGCAGCAACAGCAUGGCCAACAACAGUAGCAGCAGUAGCUUUAGCUUGGGGAAGAAGCGGAAGAUCAGCUCUCUCCUGUCCUCGUCUUAUGCUUCUUCAGAGUCCUCUUCUAAUGCCAACUAUUCCUCCUCCUCUUUCAAGAAGAACUGUGCAAAUGUCGGCAGCUCAGGGAGCACCUACCACCAUAGCUUGCUUGCCCCCUCUGCCUCUUCAUUGUCCUCCUCACACAGUGGGGUCCACAGCGUGGGGCUGAACUGUGGCCCAACCGUGCGGACCAACUCCCUCAGCUUGAAGGCUGAGCCAUCUGGGGCUUCAGCAGGUGGUUCCUCGGGGCCCUCAGCACGGGGCCCUCCCUCAGGCAGCCCUGCAGAGUCUAUCAAGCGCAUGAGUGUGGUAAUGAACAGCAGUGACUCCACGCUCUCCCUUGGGCCCUUUGUCCACCAUCAGUCCUCAUCUGACCACCAUGCUAGCUUCAGCCACCAUGCCUCCGAUGGGCGCCUAGAGAGCAAGAAGCGCAAAAGCUCCCCGGCCUCCAGUGGUAUCAACAGCAGUGGUGGUGGUGGGGGAUUAGGAGGAGGAGGAGGAGGAGGUCCAGGCAGGCCUAAGGUGGCCAAGUCACCGGCUAUCAACAAUAUCCAUGGGAAGCAUGGGCGCAGUGUUCCAGGGACUCCAGGGCUACCUAACAACUCUCACUUACAUCAGCCAAAGGCCCGUCCCUGA